ACUGUAUAAAAUACACUGGCAGUUCAGUCAAACUUCGAACGCAAAGGCAAAUGGUUGUGUUUGCACAUAGUAAGAUAAAAGUUGAACUGAGUAUUUUAGUAUUGUGCAGUGCGCUUAAAAACCGGAUAGAUAAACCUUGAAGGCAAAAAAAUAUAAAUAAAUAUGGAGUGUAGUCAAAUGUGUGGAAAUCCAGUAAAAAAUAUUAAUAUGGAGGAAGUUGUAUUGGAUUUCAAUGGAAAGAAUAUUGUUUAUAUAGGUGGCUUUGGUGGCAUCGGUUUAGACACGUGUAAACAUCUGGUGCAAAAAGGUAUCGCGAAUCUUAUGAUACUCGAUCUGGCAUGGAAUGAGUCAGCCUUCAAAGAGAUAAAUGUCGUCGACACAAAAAGCGUUUGCCAGUUUAUGGCGUUUGACGUCACCUCUGGCUUGGAAGAAACUCGUACAAUAUUCACGCAAAUAGUGGACAAAUUUGGCUAUAUCGAUGUCCUAGUUAAUGGUGCGGGAAUAUGUGACGAACGAGAUUUGGAUUUAAUUAUUUCAAUUAAUUUUACGGGCACCAUUAAUGCCACGCUAGUAGCCUACGAUUUAAUGGAUAAAAGUAAAGGUGGCAAGGGUGGUGUUGUUGUGAAUAUAUCUUCGGUAGCUGCACUAACACCCUUCCCCUCCUUACCCAUUUACAGCGCGACAAAGGGUGGGAUAUUGAACUUUACACGAGCAUUAGCGCAUUUAGAGCCAAAAACUGGUAUAACGCUAUAUACUAUAUGUCCGGGCCCUACCGACACUAAACAUUUUGAACAUGUACACUGCUUUCAAGGCAGGGACCUGAAGUGGAAAGAGAAAACGCGUCGACUAGUCAAAGCACAAUCGCCAGGUGAUUGUGCCUUGAACAUUAUAAAAGCCAUGGAGAUGCACGCUAAUGGUGCAACUUGGAUGUGUGAUUUGGGCCAACUAAAAUUGGUGGAAAUAAAGAAUUUCUGGACGCCACCGCAUAAGCGAUAUAGAGAGGAUGAACAAAACAAAGAAGCCGAACAAAAUAAAGAAAAAGAAGAUACGAAGGAAUUAGAACAAAACGAAAAAACAUCACAAACCGAAGAAACGGCACAAAAAGAGGAAACAUCGCACAACGAACCAUCCGAAGAACAAACGAAAGAAACUGUACGAGACCCACAAGCAGAGACAGGUUAAAAUGAAACACUGCCGCUGAGGAAACGAAGGUAUCUAGUAUCCGAUUUAGGUAGAGAUAUGCAAAACAAUUGCAAAACAUGAAGACCACCAUUGAAUAUUGAGUAUUAAGAAAAUUUAGUUGAACAUUUUUAUAAAAAAAGUUGUAAACAUAUUUAACAGUAUUUUAGAAAAUUUUAUUUAUUGAAAUAUAGGUUAAGAUAAAAAUUUCAAUGUAUAAGUAAUAAUAAGAGUGUAAUUGAUUAAUAUAGAAAAUAUGAUAUUAGUUGUGCAAUUUCUUUUAAAAACUAUUUUCACACUCAUAUAACACCUUGCACAGGGUAUAAUAGUUUUAUGCACCUUUUAUUCGUUCUGUAAGUUAUAAUUGUUUUAGGUUAAUAGUAUUGGUUUUUAAAUUUUUUUUUUUUGCAACAUAACACUGUUAUAUUGCUUCAAAAAGAUGGUAUUUGGUUUACGAUACAACAGAAAAUGUGCCUCGUAAAGAGAGAGAACUUCAAUCCACACGGACCGCCAGAUUAGUAGCAUGUCAAACAGCUAUCCGCCAAAGAGUUGCCGACAUCCCGAGGGAAAUUUUGGUUCAAGUUGAUUCAGGGAACCAUUAGUGUGUUCAAGUCAGAGAUUGAUUGGAAGAUCAACAAGUAUAAAUUUUGUGGUCUGGAGCGACGAAACAAAUGUUAACCGACUUGAUCCAGAUGGCAGAAAAUAUGUUAGAUUGCCGAAAGUUGCAGUGUUUGUCUCCAAAUACGAGUCCCCUGUCAUUAAGCACGGUUUCGAAGAAAAACAAUAUUUUGGAAUGAUUUUUAUGGAACGGGGGUGGAAAAGUAUUUUGAGAUACUGCGUACCGUGUUGCUGUAGAUUAAAAUAUGCCAGUAAUUUGGAAUGAGUAGGAUAAAGAUCUAAAUCACUGUGAUAUGUGUCACAAAACAGUUCUUUGAGCGAAACUCUGGCCAGCGUCCAGUCCAGAUCUUAAUCCCAUUGAGCACGGAACGAUGUCAAAAAAUUUGUAGCCCAACAAAACAUCACCAAUUUUGACAUGCUUUAUGAAAAAGAUAAAGAAGCUUAGUAUGCUAUACCCGUUGCAGACAUCGUCGAUGAAUCGUCGGUGUGUUGCCAAAAAACAACAUGGAUUUACGACAUAUUGCUAACUCUUGACAAUAAUAUGUUAAUAUAAUGUUUUAAAAAUAUUUUCUCAAUGUUUUUGUUUAUUUUAAAAAAUAAAUAUUUAUGUUUCUAACUAGCGCAGACAUUUAUAAUGUUAUUGGAGUAAUGAUCUCAAAGGCAUAUAACAUAAUAUCGUUGAAUGGAAUGGCGGAAUGAAAUUAUGUGGGAAAUGUGGCUCGGAAUAUAAGCAAUAUAGUUGCAGGCAAUUACAAAAUCUGAGCUACGAAAAAAAGGAAAUGGUGAGAUAAUAGCUCUGUUACUGGCAACAGAGGAGAAGGAUAAUUGGAUAAUGUUAACGUGAACGCGUUCGAUAAAUUUAUACACCAUUGUACCCGCUCUCUCACUCCUUUUUAUUUUCUUAAAAUUAUUUUCUAUAGUUUUUCUUUAUUUUUAGUUAAGGUAAAAAUUCCUUGAAAUUACGCUUGACCGUAGUUAAACUGCACUUUUAUUUGUUUACUUUUUAUUAACA